GAAGGGCAUGGCGAGGGUUCGCAUGUGAAAGCUGGCGGCGUGUCGUAUCUUCGCCGGCGCACCGUUAUCGUGUGGUGUCCCAUCUGCUAUGUGAGGACGUCGAAGCCGCGUCAGCAUGGCUACAUUAAGCGGCGAAAUGAGCAACUCCUCCAGCGCCCUGAUGGAAGGCACGGAAGACGCGGCCUCCAUAGACUUCGGCGACGUCGAAGGCGGUGUCGCGAGGAAGCCCGUCAGGCAUCGGAUGGCGGCGUUCUUCCACCUGGCCUUCCGGACGACGGCACUGCUGACAUACCUGUUGUGCCGCUUUUUCACGGACAGCUUUGUGUCGAGCUUUGUGUCCAUCUUGCUGUUGCUCUGCAUGGACUUCUGGACCGUCAAGAAUGUCACAGGCCGCCUUCUGGUCGGCCUUCGCUGGUGGAACUACAUCGACGAUGCCGGGAAGAGCCACUGGGUCUUUGAAAGCCGCAAGUCGGGUGAGCAGAUGACAGACAGCUCGGAGGCAGGCCUCUUCUGGAUGGGGCUUAUCGGGGCGCCAGCCCUGUGGACCCUCUUCUUCUUUGUGUCCCUGUUCAGCUGGAACUUCCAGUGGCUGAUGGUGACAAUAAUAGCCCUGGCCCUGAACGGGGCCAACCUGUACGGCUACAUUCGCUGUCGGCUGGGUCGGAAGGGCUCCAUGAAGGCAGCCGCCUCCAACUUCUUCGGGCAGCAACUGCUUCGUGGGAUGUUCAAGAAAGAAGCGGCGCGACCCACGAGAGAUAGUGGAACGACCCAGCUUCAGCCGUGAUGAGGUGCCCGGCCACUCGCUCCUGCCCCUUGUACAUAGACUGCCUCCCCCCCCCCCAUUCCAUAAAGUCAUUGUGACAAACCACAGCGUGGGCCUCACUUUCUAUUUAUAGUCUACGAGCCUGGGCUUGAGCAUUUGUGGUCUAUCAGUUCCAGACAUACUACUUUCACUACUGUGUGUAGGCCCAGCACAUUGCACCUCUAGAGUGAUGAGUGUCCUAUCAACGUGCUAAGCCAAUCAAUGUUCACUAAGAGUGAGAACUUUGAAAGUGAUCCAUUGAGAUUACGGCUCUCGCUAUAGCUCACCACAGUGAAACACAGGCCGCAGUUCAGGCAGACAAAGUGCACAACUUGAUGCAUUGUGUCUUGUGGCCGCGGCACCAGGUGGCAGCUGCAUUGUAUCCCACUGACUUCACAUGAUGGUGUCGUCCGCUGCACAUUUCUGCUCCAAGCAGAUUCUGCUUCUCAAAACGAAUUUUUCGCACAGUGGUACUGUUUAUUGCUUUUACUUAAAGGGACACUAAGGGAAAAUAUUAAGUCGAGCUAUAUUGAGAGAUUAGGCUUCUGCAACAACAAAUUCAUUAUUCAUUGUGAAAGCAGAGCCCUUGCAAGCGAGAAAAUUACAAAAAUGAAAAACCGGAGCGGCACCACCUGUUGCGGACUCUUGUACCGCUCAUGUGAUGUUGCCACUGGCUAGUUCUCUGGGAGUGGCAUAGAGAAAGGUCACAUGGAGAUUACGUCAACUCGUGUAUUUCGGUGCGGGCAGUUCAAAUGGAGGACCUGCAGCGGGACCUUCGGCAGAAAUGUUCUACACGACAAAGCGAUAUGUUGGGACAACGAAAAUUAUCAUAAGAAUUCUAGACAAAUAAUCUCUCAAUCUAGCUUGACUUGAUAUUUUGCUUUAGUGCCCCUUUAAUGUUCCCUGCUUGGUGCACUAGUUGGUUUCCACCUUGCACGGGCAUUGGAGUCCACUGUUAAAGGCAAGGUGCUGAUGCAGCGUCUGUCCAAGCGAACUUUUAUUUGUGGCAGGCCUUGAAGUACGCAGCUACGCAGCAGACUACCUGCUGUAGCUGAUGCUGGUUCCUUUCUGCAAGCCUGCAUAGUGCAGGAGUGCUGUUUCAAUGCAGCACCAAAACAAGAGCACUUGUUACAUGCAAGCUUGUCCCGUUUUCAGACAAAGUGACACUUUGGACAUGUUGGAGCUGUAGUCUAUUUAUUUAUUAAUUGAUUCGUGUUUCAAGGAUCCCGUAAGACUGUCUAAUGUUUGCCUUUAGCGAGCCGCACACUAGCUGACUGGUGCAAUGCAGAUUAGCUAGUGCAGGAAAUAAACUGGCAUGUGAACCAAGUGGUAACGUUAGCACUUGGCAAGCGAUGCCACUAGUGGCAAAAAUAUGCUUUGUGUCUGCACGAACGGGCCAUGUUGUUGAAUUGGCACAUGGUGGACAGAAAGACAGACAGCAAAAAGCACGACUGGCAAGAUGAUGUGCUUUUGAGAGUCAAGGAACCAUAGCUGUCACAAGAUGACCACUGCACGCACUGUUGGCUGGAGUAAAAGUUACAGCUGGCAUCAGCCAAUCAGAGUUGCUAUCGUGCAAGUACAUACAAAUGUCUGCGCGCUGUGUGCUCACCCCUGUUGCCUUGUGGCGGGGCGCCGAUUGUCCACUACUCCUCAGUCGCAGUCGCGAGAGGGAGCAUAAACAUCUUUAUGUAACACCUAGUCCCAGUGCCCUCUGUGUUUCCUUAAAAGGCUGCGAUGAGGGCAGGACAGACAGUGAGCCGGUUCCUGUGGGGCAGGCCUGUUGAGAAUACCUUGCCACCUUAAAAAAAAAAAAAAAAAAAAAAAAAAAAAAGCCUUGUCGCCUUCAUCUUGCCACAGUGUUGAUGAGCACAGCCUCAAGUAUCAGAAGUGUGCGUGGCUUGUAGCUACUACUAAACUGCACAUUGUUGAUAAAUGAUGUACUAGGUAUAGCUUUCCUAGACUGAGCAGCCAUCUUUACUGCACCAGGCACUAUCUGUGCCUCAAAACCCUUUACCCUCUCCUUGCACCUGUCCAUAUUUACUGAACACAUAGAGUGGUAGUAAAGCUUUCUCCACACUGUGCCGUGAUGUACAAGGAUUUUGUGGACUAGGAAUGAGGUGAAAGGAGUUAUAAUGCCAGAAGCCAAUCGUCCACAAUGCACAGCUGCAGCAUAUUGGAUAAGAUCUCCCUGAAUUUUUGUUGUUGCUUAUGUUUUCUCCAUGCUAUAGUGCCAAGUUUUUUUGGUUUCCUAAUUUGAUGCUGUUUUUGUGAAAGCAAGUAAGUUUUCCAAAUAAACAAUGGCUGUAAUUUCA